UUUUGUUUUCUUUCGCGAAACGCAUUUCUUGCGAUUUAUUUCCGUCUUCAUUUAAGAGGGAAAAAUAACUAAAUAAAACAAAUAAACAUGAGUAAAGCACAUCCUCCAGAGUUAAAGAAGUUUAUGGACAAGAAGCUGUCGCUGAAGCUGAAUGGCGGUCGCCACGUCCAAGGCAUCCUGCGAGGGUUUGAUCCGUUUAUGAACCUGGUGGUGGACGACUCCAUUGAAAUCUCCGCUGGUGGACAGCAGAACCCUAUUGGCAUGGUGGUCAUAAGAGGAAACAGUAUUAUCAUGCUGGAGGCUCUUGAGCGAGUAUGAUGGCCUUUCCUUCGUCGUUACUCCUCCUCCUCGUGUGAGAGCUUGCUUUGUGAAUAAAGAACUAGGUGGAUGUCAAACUCUACGAUGAAUGAAUGAUUUUUUUAUAAUUUUUUUUUUUUAUAUGUAACGUUUAGAACUGUGUGCUGUUCAGAUGAAUAAAUGGUGGAUAAUCUGUGAUC